AUGUCUUCCUUGUUUGUACAAGAUGACCUACCUCCAGAAGAUGCAUCUUUAGUUCCUGAAGUUGAGCAAAGCUCGAUCCCAGUGGUGUUCCAAGAACCUGAAAUUGUCCCAAUCUAUCCUGAUCGUGAAGUUCAUUGUACAUUGCCAUUACCUUACCAACAGGAAAUCGUGGAGGAUAUGCUUACAAAGGACGGAUUAUUAAUCCUUGGCCAUGGAUUGGGGUGGGAUCUAAUUACUUCCAAUUUGUUACAUGCAUUAAGUUCACCUACGGUGACAUUAGACAACAACCAAGUGAAGAAGCGGGGGUUAAUAUUUGUAUUGAAUAUGAGAAAAGAAGAAAUUAUUCAGCUACGAGAAGAAUUGAGUUACUUGAGUUGGCUAGAUGAAAGUGGUUCCACUCCAACCCCAUUUAUGGAAAUUACAGGUGACUCUCAAUCUGGUAAGAGAAAGACAAUAUAUUCAGAAGGAGGUAUCAUUUCAAUCACGUCACGAGUUCUUGUGGUUGAUUUAUUGUCAGGGAUGAUAUCCCCUCAUGACAUAACCGGAUUGUUCAUUCUUCAUGCUGAAAGGAUAAAGGAAACAUCUAAUGAAUCAUUUAUUGUUAGUCUAUAUCGAGAUCAAAACGAAUGGGGGUUUAUCAAGGCAUUUUCCGAUAGCCCAGAAUCAUUUGUUGGUUUUACACCUUUAGCUACAAAAUUGAAAGUGUUGCGAUUAUCAAAUGUUUUCCUUUGGCCACGAUAUCAUCUCACUAUUUCGCAAUCCUUUAACAUAGUUAAAAAGGGAGAAACACGAAAAAACGUAAUUGAGAUAAAUACAAAACUAUCAUAUAAAAUGAAUAAGAUUCAGUCGGCCAUUCUUUCAUGUAUUCAAGCAUGUUUAGGGGAAUUGAAAAGACAUAAUGCUGAAUUGGCUACUGAAUAUUGGGAUAUGGAAAAUGUCCAUGAUCCUGACUUUGUUCGAAAUAUUCGACUUUCAUUAGAGUCGCAAUGGCAUCGAGUAACAUAUACCACCAAGAUAUUAGUGGUUGACUUAGGUACAUUACUCAAUCUACUCAACGGGUUGCUUACGCUUGACUCAGUCUCGUACUAUCAAGCAGUUCAAGGUAUAGUUGAUGCCAAUAUUAAACAUCAAUCAUCCUCAAUGAAUGCGACUAUGAGUCCCUGGCUUAAUUUGAAUGAAUCGAAUACCAUUAUAAGUUAUGCCAAGGAAAGAGCACUAGGAAAAUACGACAAUGAGUAUAUUUUGGAAGAGUUGCCAAAAUGGAGUGAAUUAGGAAUGCUUAUAGACGAUAUAUUAUACGAAAAGAGCAUGAGUAGUUUGAAAGAUCAGGGACCAAUAUUAAUCAUGUGCUCCUCAAGUAGAAUAGCCAAGCAAUUAAAUAGGUUAUUAGAAACUAUGAAGCUUGAACAGGUUGCUGAUUUGAAAAGGUUUAGUGCCCGGAAAUACAUGAUUGGAAAAGUUCACGAAUAUCUAGAUUGGAAAGAAAUUAAUUCAUUCGUCAAGAAAGUUAGUGCUGAAUUGAAUAAAGAAGAAGGUAUCGAAGGGGAAGAAAACUCUGAAGAGGCAAUCUCGGUUUCCAAGACAUUCACCAGGAAUGGUCAACCAAUAAGUAAGAGAAGACGAACCAGAGGUGAUAGCGUAACCGCCAGAGUAUCUAAAAUGUAUUCAUCAACUACAGAUACAGCUGAUGUUGACGAAGAAGAAUUAAAGAAACUUGAGGAGGAGGAAGACAGAAAGGAAGAAGAAGGUGAAUUUAUAGAAAGCGAAGAUAAUGACGAGGAAGUGGAAGAAGUUCGACUGAUUCAGUUUUCCUGUAUCGAUAAUGAUACCCAGAUAUUAAUACAAGCCUAUAACGAAGAUAAUGAUUUAUCUCUACUUCAAGAAUUAUCACCAUCGCAUAUUAUCAUGUAUGAACCUAAUCUAACGUUUAUGAGAAGAGUUGAAAUCUUUCAAGCGAUUAAUCACGAUAAUCCUGCCAAGGUCUUUUUGUUAUACUAUGGAAAUUCAAUCGAAGAACAAAAACACUUGAUUCGAAUAAAGAAAGAAAAAGAAGCAUUUACUAAAUUGAUCAAGGAAAAAGGUAAUCUUGGUCAACAUUUUGAAACUGCCGAAGACAACUAUCGAUUCCAAAUCCAACGAAAUCAAGUGGUCAACACACGUAUUGCCGGCGGUGCCAGAUUUAGAACUGAAGCUGAUGAGAUGAGAGUAGUUGUUGAUGUAAGAGAAUUCCGCUCUUCACUUCCGAACUUGCUUUAUCGAAUCGGGAUAAAAGUUGUCCCUUGUAUGAUUACUGUUGGUGAUUAUAUUGUGUCCCCUAAGAUAUGUGUAGAGAGAAAAUCCAUUCCUGAUUUAAUUGGAAGUUUCAAGAGCGGUAGAUUAUUUCACCAAUGUGAACAAAUGUUUAAAUAUUAUGAAUUACCUACUUUACUUAUCGAGUUUGACGAGAAUAAGUCUUUCUCAUUGGAGCCAUUUUCAGAGUCGAAAUUUCAACGAGCAGGAGCACCAAGAAACCCAACUGUCACUAAUAAGAUACAACAAAAUAUCCAAUCGAAAUUAUUGCUGUUGUUAGUAGCCUUUCCUAAAUUGAAAAUUAUUUGGUCAUCAUCUCCCUAUGAAACAGCACAAAUAUUUUUGGAAUUAAAGGCAAACCAAGAAGAACCGCUGGUUGGCAGUGCUAUGGAUAAAGGGGUAAACAGAUCGGUUGUCACUGAAGAUGGCGGGCCUCCAAUUUUUAAUGAUGAUCCAAUUGAUUUCAUUCAGAAUAUUCCAGGAAUAAACGCCAUGAAUUAUCACAUACUUAUACAGAAGGUGAGAAAUAUCGAACAGUUGGUACAAUUAUCCAAAAAUGAAUUUAUGAACAUCUUAGGAGAGGAGAAUGGGAGAAAGGCAUACAGUUUUAUCAACCGGAAACUUAGUUGAGUAGUCAAGAACAUUU